AUGGCAAGCUUGCAAUUUGGGGUCAACUUUAAUAAUAGUGAAUGGACUUCGCGAAAAAGGAUAUUGGUUGGAGCCGAAGCUCAUGCACUCGAUGAAAAGCACAACAAGAAGGGGAAUGGAAUCAGUGGUGGGCAUGGAUGGAGUGUCAUUCCCCAGCCACCUUCAGAUGGACGUCGCGGAGUCUUUGAGAAUAUACUGAGCUGUCACUUUAGAUAUCUGCGUUCGGAGUACUCCCGGGUGGACCGAACCACCGCUGGAAAUCUUCCUUUUUAUGUUGCAGGAUUGGUUGUGUUGCCAGGGUUUCAUCCUUGCUGUUUGGAGUCUGGUUCUGUUGGUUUUGCGAGUGAAGACGACGAAGAGGAGGGUUUCGAGAUGGAUACCUUUAUGCUAUUUGGUGUGUACUAUGGUUGUAGUACAAACAUGAUAAUUAAUUGUGAUUUGGACAAUGAGGAAGAAUUUCAGAACAUGGUACUGCUUGCUAAAUCAAUGGGGGUACAACAUGUAGAAGUUGUGGUUGAGUUGAAGGGUGAUAUUGGUCAGUCAAGUAGUUUGGGAUUGCUGCGUGUGGGGGUUGAGGAUGAAAUUGAUGCACUACGGAGAUUUUGCCACCAUAAGGAGAAGGUGUUGUUGUCAGCCCCUUGGGCAAAUGGUAUUACGCAUGUAGGACAACGGUUUGUUGGAGGUGCACAAGAAUUUCGUGACGUUUUAUGUAAGUAUGCGAUCCAAUGUGGGUUUAAGUUCACAUACGUGAAGAACGAGACAACAAGAGUUACGGCUGUGUGUGCGAUGCGGGAGGAGAGGGGGUGCUUGUGGGCUAUACAUUGUAGAGCACAACGAGCAAAUGAUUUUUUCUACAUCAAGAGGUUUAGUGAUGUGCAUACUUGUGGUACGGAUGUUCGAACAUCGAAGAAUCCGCGAGUUAGUUCGGAUUUGGUGUCGAGUACCAUAUCUGAAAUUGUGAGGGACAAGCCGUUGACUCGGCCGUGUGAAGUGGUGACUAUUUUGAAGAGGGAUUAUGGGCUAGAUGUGAGUUACCAUGUUGUAUGGUUGGGUGUGGAGAAAGCAAAGGCUGGUAUCCAUGGAGAUCACUCGUUAUCGUUUGACCAGUUGCGGUGGUAUUCGGAUGCUGUGAUGCGGUACAAUCCGGGGAGUUAUGUCAAUAUUGACUAUGAUGCGAGUAGUCAACAGUUUUGUCGCUUCUUUGUGUCAUUCGCUGCGUGUAUUUCUGGGUUCAAUGCUUGUCGGCCUUUAUUAUUCCUGGAUGGAACAUUCCUCAAAGGAAAGUACAAAGGUCAGCUACUUGCGGCAACGGCGAAAGACGGGAACAAUGGUCUGUUUCCUGUUGCAUUUGCAAUUGUUGAUUCGGAGACCACGGCUAAUUGGUCGUGGUUCUUGCAUGAACUUGGGAAGGUUGUUGAUGGGAAGCGCCAUAUUACUUUUAUUUCGGAUCGUAAUCUUGGUCUGUUAGAAGCUAUGCCAAAGGUGUUCCCAUCGGCUCAUCACGGUUAUUGCUUACAACACUUGAAGAGCAAUUUAAGAGACCGGAUGAAAGGAAUUGAUAAUGGAUUCAGGGAUCACCUAGUAAGGAGUUUGGGUGACUGUGCCUACGAGCCAACUGUGGUAGGGUUCUAUGAAAAGCUUGCAAAAUUAAAAGAGGAGGGUAAACAACGAGCUCAUAAUUUUUUCAAGGACUUAGCACCUGAGCAUUGGGCAAAUUCAUACUUCAGUGUAUACCAAUGGCAGUACUGUGAACGUUCACAUUUGUCAACAUUAAUGGUCAGGCCUGUUAAAUUCCGUAUUAGGAUGGAACCCGAAGCACCAAACAACAUUCAACAACCAGCAUUGACAGUAAUUGGAACAUUCACAUCAUUAUACAGUGAUGUGAAUGUUCACAUCAGUGUUUAUUACUUAAUGGCUAAUGACGGAAAUGGAACUGAAUCGUCGGUCAGCGGUAUUGAUCCAAUGGAGCAAAUCAUGGAAAAAGCAGUUAUUAGUUUUCUGCGAGCCCUACAAACCAACAUUAAUAACGGAUUGCCUGAACGACGAGAAGAACCAACUACAAUUAAAUAG